AUGGCUCCACAAACCUUCGCACUGUGGCUGCUGCUCGUGGGGACGCUGCUGGGGCAGGGCUGCUGUCAGCACUGGUCCUAUGGGCUGAGUCCAGGAGGGAAGAGGGAACUGGACGGCCUCUCAGAGACACUGGGCAAUCAGAUAGUCGGGGGCUUCCCACACGUGGAGACGCCCUGCAGAGUUUUAGGCUGUGCAGUGGAAUCACCUUUCCCCAAAAUAUACAGAAUGAAAGGAUUCCUUGACGCAGUCACCGACAGAGAGAACGGACCCAGAACAUAUAAAAAAUGA